AUGAAGUCCUUUUCUCCAUUCCCAGCCACUGUAGUAACUCUAUUACCUCUUCUAGCACUCACAUCCGCCCAGAGUUCCGACGAUACAAUCGCAGUAGUCAAUAUCAAUAUUCCCGUUUGGACUACUAUCGGCGCAGCUAAUCCACCAUAUGGAUACAACGUUGGGCCAGGUGCGAUGCCAAUGGAGAUUUCUCAAUCGUAUAUUAAAGAUAAAGACCAUCCAUUCGAGUUUUGGUAUGAAGUAUAUGAACAUAACGAUAACUUGGAUGAUAAAUCUUGGCUUGAAAAACCGCCUUACUGGAUGAUCACAUGUGAAGUCCAAGUCGAAGAUGGAUAUAAUGCUCCUUCCGAAUUCACUUUCAUCGAUGCUCCGCCUUAUCUUCUGGCUGCAUCCGAUGGCAAAGCCAGGAUAUUCUGUCCCAGAGAUAAGAUGACUUGUCCGAACAACAAAUGUGAUGGGGCACAUGCUUUACCUACAGGGGAUCUAGAUUCUCAUAAACUCUAA